AUGGUUGGUUUCGCAAGGUACCUAUCCAAAGUUCCUGGAGACACACCAGAGAUCAAGAAGCCAACUGUUAUCACCAAGAGAAAGACUUCCAAGUUGGACGAAGGUUGCAAGAUUAAAUCUUCAUCUGUUGACAAGCACAAGAAGACCAAAAAAGUGGAGUCUUUAGCUGCUGAUGCUGCUGCUGCUGCUACUGCUACUGCUAUUGCCGCCACUACAUCUGCUAGUGUCACACCCAAUACUGCGGCUCCGCCACCCACAUCUGUCCAACCAACCCAUUAUAAACAAUUACCAAAACUUCCCGAAACCAUAUCGAACCUUGCAAUCUCCGAUUUGUACAAAUCAGUCGGUCUUGACCCACCAACAACCUCAGUCUCAACGCCAUCCCCCACCACCUUCGUAGAUUUCAAAAUACCCGACAAGUACAUAAAAUCCCUCCGGGAUAAACCCAAAGACGAAAAAGACUUUGACGACAAAGAACGCAAUAUAGUAACAAUACUCGAACUGAUUGCCCGUGGAGAAACCAAGGAUGAAUCAGGAAACCUCCCCAUGCUCCUGAUUGACAUCGAUAACGACGUGUUCAUUCUUGACCCCAGGCAAAGACCACAUCCGUUAAAGUCGAGCAUUUCCGGUAUGCUUGAGCUCAACCCCGGUUUGAACGACAUUGACGAUGAGUACUUGUGGGAUAAUCUUCCUAUGGAUGGACUUCCACCGUAUCAAAAGACUCCUCUUGGGUUUAAAGAGUGGGAACUUGAACAAAUUGAAAAGAAAAAGAUGGAAAAACUCAAGAGCGAAGAGUAUGAUCGAAAGUAUGCUAAACUCAAGGCCGCUUUGGCCAACCCUAAAGCUUUCUAUAAAAAGGUUGGUGGGAGAACCAAAGUCGAUAGAAAGUUACUCAAACAAUACUUGAAAUUGAAAGAGGAAGGAAAGAUACCCGAAGAAUGGAGAAACAACAAUACCUUUUAG